AGCGCCCCCCCCUUAUAUUUCUGAUAUUAUAUGUGAGUUGCUAAUUGAUAUUAAAAAAUUUGUCUUUCAACAACUUUGUGGUUAGAAUUCUUUAACAAUUCUGAGACACGAAGAUUGUGUAAAUAUGCAUUUUCAACGUAUAAUUCGUCUUAUAAGCACAAGUAGUAUUGCUAAACAAUCAAGUAACAAAUCUCCCUUAGCAAGUUUACGAAAGAAGACAGGUUAUACAUUUUCGAAUUGUAAAAAAGCAUUAGAGCUCAAUGAAAAUGAUUUAGAAAAGGCAGAAAGUUGGUUAAAGAUACAAGCGCAAGAAUUAGGAUGGUCAAAGGCUGCACAAGUACAAAAUAGAGUAACAAGUCAAGGUCUCGUGUCUUUAAUUAUUGAUAAAUCCUAUGGUGCAAUUGUUGAAAUCAAUUGUGAAACAGACUUUGUAUCUCGUAAUAAACAAUUUCAAGAAUUAAGUCAAACUGUAGUAUCGGCGGUACUGCAGCAUAGUAAAACUAUAAUAAAUGAAACUUCGUUUAAUAAAAUAAUUUUGGAUUCUGAUAAAUUGAAAGCAUUAUCUGGACCUGAUGGAAUAUCUAUUGCAGAUCAUACUGCUUUAAUGAUUGGUCAAAUCAGAGAAAAUAUAAAUAUAAAACGUGCUUUAGCCAUCAGUGUACCGUCUGACAUUUUAUUAAUUGGGAGUACUCAUCCAUUUUCAUCGAAUAAUAAUGUUUUAUAUGGUAAAUAUGGUGUACUAUUGGCUUUUAAAAGUAAAGCUUUAGAAAUGCAGCAAGAAAUUGGAGAGAAUUUAUGUCAACAUAUAAUUGGUAUGAAUCCUUUGAAAAUUGGCGAGCCAGAGAUAGAUCAAGCCAAUCCAAAUCCAGAAGAUGAGACUACGCUAAUUCAUCAAGAGUACCUCCUUGAUCAUUCUCUAACUGUUCGAGAAUACUUAGAGGACACAGGAACGCACAUUUUAGAUUUUAUAAGAUUUGAAAUGGGAGAAAUAGCUGAGGGACAACAAAACUUAGAUGCUGUAGAAACUGGAGGAUAAAUAAAUAAGGAUAGUAAUUCCAAUUGCUUGAAUCCAUUAAACAUGAAUACAUCAACAAGAUCUUUCAUUGUAAGAUUACAAUUAAUAAUUGAAUAGACUUAUA